GCGAUGCGUCAGAUUGCGUGUCCGAGUCCCUGCAGCUGCCUUGCCCAACGUGUGGUUCCGACAUUCCCCGCACAAACCACCCGAUGCAUUUGGCGUAUGGUUCCUGGUCAACGGCAGACUUGGAGACCGAGGUUUCCAGUGACAAGCUUUCCUUCUCUUGGUCUACGGAUGCGGGACACCCCUCCAACAAAGCAGGGUACUUCAUCUACGGAGAAAGCUUUGCUCUUGGGAGGCGGUGCCACUUGCGUUCCCUGGAGUAUCUGGAAGUCCCACAGCAUAUCUUCGACAUCGACCGGGACAGCCUUGAGGCUUUUCCUGUGACUUCCGAGCUGCUCCUGCACCACCAGUGUGAAAACGAUCAAUCUCUCGACAAACAGCUUGACGUGGACAAGGAAGCCAUAGAGAGCUCUCAAAAGACGCAGACUGGCAUAAAGGCCAAGAUUGCAGCUUUGGAGACGAAAGGCAAAACAGAAAUGGCCUCACUAAAGGAUCAGAUGGCAGCUUUGACGUCAAACUUCUCCAUGUCGUCCGACCAGAACCUGCACAAGUACCAAACAGAGAUUGGCUCGCUAAAGGAUCAGAUGGCAGCUUUGGCGCGCAAUCACACAACAGAAAUGGCCUCGCUACGGGAUAGCGUCACUGCUUUGCUUGACCAGGAGGAAGAACAUAAGAAGCGCUUGGAGAAACACAAGGCGGCCGAGAAGCUGGAGGACCAGUGGCACCGCCCUGAACUUCCGGAUGAGGUCGUUCUGUCGCUGACACUGGCUCUAGCCAUAGGUUCGUCGAGCCCCAGCGCACACUCCAAGGUGCUCUCCGACUUCUUGGUUUCCUUGCUCACGCCGGGCCAGUUCAAAGAUUCAGAGGCGGGAGUCACGGGUAAGGGUGGCGGCCUGGUGCAAACCCAGCCAGCGGUGGAGACCCUGAAGCGCAAAUCAAGCAAUGGCACCAGAGUCAAUAUCACUGCAAAGCAGGAGCGUCGCCUCAGGCAGCCGUCCUAUACUUCGCCAAGCCUGGACGACCCGUCUGCAUUGCUCCUGGCUGCGUCUAGCCGUGGCUACUGGUACAAAGGUUCUCCCUCCCAGGCUCCCUGCAACAAGACAGUCUUGCAGGUUGUCCUUUCGAGUCCGAUCAUGCUAGCCCCGGAAGAUGCCGAUCGGAUCAAGUCUAGUUUACCGGAGGAGCACAAGCCCUCUCGUCAGAAGCCUCAAGAUAUACAGACCGCCAGCCUGAAGCUCUUGUCCAUCGAUGCCAAGUACCUCGCCCGCCCGAAGUUCAGCCCACAGGAGAAGAGCGCUCGAUUCCCGGAGUUUGUGUCUCUUCUGGCUGGGUGCUUGGCUUUGACGGCCUGCUGGCAUGUCUUCUGGCCCGAGGAUGGUCGCGCUCAACAAUAUGCUCCACACAAUUAUGUUCUCUUGUUAUUCGUGAUGGCUGUUGGGCUGCCGAUCCUUUGUGCCGCCGGGCUGGCAUACCUGCCAUUCAAUGUGUUGGGCCAGGAUGGCUCCUAUGGCUUCAGCGCGGCUGUACAUGCAGAUUGGAGCUUCAGUUGGCAGAGCUUCGGGAAGAGUACAGGGGGAAUAGUGGCGAUGGGCUUUGUCAGUGCAGGCUGGUGUUUCGCGCUUCGUUGCCACGGAGAAGUUCUUAUGCUCUCUCGAGCUAGUAGCGGCUUGGCGUUCCUGAUCUAUCCUGCCUUGAUUGCGCUGUACCGCUUCCUCGGCCAAUUCGGGUUGAUAAUGUGGUGUUGGAUGUCUUUCGAGUACUACUUUCCCAUCUCAAGCUGUGUGCUCAAGGUGGGCUUUUACGGAACGCCCAUGCUUGUGUGUCUGCUUCUGGCCCCGUGGUUUGUCCUACCAGCUGGAGCUUACUUCAACCAACGGGCUAACUGCAUCGAUGGGCUAGAUUGGGAAGUACAUCUUGCAUUUGUGGUCGUCAUCUGCGCGAAGUCAUUAGCAUGGAAAGGCUGCAUAUCCACACAACGUUCAGGCUUGGCCUGCCUCUCUACCUUUGUAUUCUAUGUCCUUGCGGAGCUGGACAUGUACACUGAUGGCAUGUUUAUUGCCAUUGCUGCCUCGUGCGGAUCGUGGUAUGCCUAUGUGUCGCUCAUAAUCUAUGCUGUUGGCGUCAUCGUCCUCCAGGUCCUGCUCCCGAUGUUGUGGGCGGCUUCUGAUUCGGACAGUGAUGCGGGACGGCUUGCUGCCAUGUUUUCUUUCUUCAUGUUCCCACUGGAGAUUCUGACGGGCGUGAUGGAUCCUUGCGAAUGUGUUGGUCCAAGUCUUGGUGGUUUCAUCGGCCACAAUGUUGGUAGCAAACCUUUGGCAAGGCCAUCCGACAAUAUGGCAAGUCGCCAGCUCAUGCUGACUGCAGUCAUGCGGUGCCUCGGCGAAGACCUUCCUCAAUGCAUCUUGCAGUAUUUGUUCACCAUCCAUGUGAAGAAGAACCCGCUCAUCAUGUUCAGUAUUGGGACCAGCCUGGCCUCCUCACUCUUUGCAGUUGGUAAGGCUUGUUGGAAAGUUUAUGCCACUGAGCAAAACAAGCACGUGAAGGUCUCAUCAGAAGACAACUUGGGAACUGAGUAA